GUCAUUUGUCAAAAAUGGCGACCUUUACUACAAGGAAAUUAUUUAUUUCUAUUUUAUUAACAUUAUCAGUUUUAAGAUGUAACGCAAACGAUAUAAUUGGUUGCGGUGGUUUUGUGAAAAGCCAUGUUAGUUUAGAUUUCUCCAAAAUAGAAAUUGGAUUGUAUACCAAAGAAGGAAGCCUAAAAGAGAAGACAGAAUGCGCCCCAACCAACGGCUACUACUUCCUUCCUCUCUACGAGAAAGGAGAGUACGUUCUGAAGGUCCACCCGCCUCCUGGGUGGAGUUUCGAACCGUCACAAGUGGAAUUAUCAGUUGACGGCGAAACCGACCAGUGUUCUACUGGCCAGGAUAUUAACUUCGCGUUUAACGGCUUCGGCAUCACCGGCAAGGUGAUCACUGCUGGCCAGAAGCAAGGGCCGAGCGGUAUUGCGGUGCAACUUGUUAAUGAUAAGGGCGAAGUGCGUAAUACCAUCACUAGUGCUGGUGGGGAUUUCCAUUUCACUCCGGUUAUACCCGGGAAGUAUACUGUGAAGGCGUCACAUCCAAGAUGGAAAUUAGAGCCAUCACAAGCUGCAGUGCAGGUGAAGGAAGGCAACACUGCAUUACCCAUAGGAGUAUUAGCUGUGAAAGGCUAUGAUGUUUCUGGAUCUGUCACAUCAUUUGGCACCCCUAUCAAUGGAAUCUACGUACUAUUGUAUUCCAAGGAGGAGAAUCCUAAAUUCCGCGUAGAAGGGUGCAACACAGCUCUUCUGCAAGGCGUACCAGAUUCUCCAAUCUGUCACUCCAUCACCGAUGCAUCAGGAGAGUUCAACUUUGGCCUCGUACCGUCUGGAGAGUAUAAACUGCUAACAUUGUCCACCCCUCCAGGCCAAGUGGCGGUCAGUUAUAACAUCAGGCCUGAGUUUGUGACUUUUACCGUGCGACAUGACAGCUUGUUCAUAAAGAAUGCUUUUGAGGUAACAGGUUUCACAAUAGUUGGUACAGUAAUCACAUCCCCUGGUGGCAAGGGAAUAUCUGGUGCCAGGGUUUUGUUGGAUGGGGAGCCUGUUGGCAAAACUGAUGCUACUGGCAAGUUCACUCUGCCCAGCCUACAACCUUCCACUUACAUGCUAAGUGCCCAACAUGAACAAUGCGAGUUUGAUGAGGUCCAGCUAGUGGUGGGUACCAACGGUCCACGCGGCGGCGUGGCGGCGGCGCGGCUGCGUGCGGCGCGCUGGCGCGUGUGCGGCGCGGUCACGCCGGCCGACCGGCGGCAGGUCACGCUCAGCGGGGACGACAAGGCGCCUGCUGUCAGAGUCACGCCAGAUAAUGAGGGUAAAUGGUGUGUGUUCCUACCAUCAGGAGUGUACACAGCUAAAGUGGAUGUAACGGAGCAGGAACAGAGAGAUGGACUUCAGUACUACCCAAUGAACCAGAAAGUUUCUGUAGGCAAUGCUCCGGUAGAUGGAAUAGUGUUCUCACAGCUGAAAGGCAAGCUGAGCGGCAAGAUCCAGUGUAAGGAUAAGGCGGCGUGCGCGUCCAUUCCUGUCACGCUGCGUCCGUUAUCCGCCGAUGGCGGGUAUGUAGGCCAGCCGCAGUACACCGUCGCUAUUGAUGGUGCAUACACAUUCGAAGAAGUGCUACCUGGCAGUGUGGAGGUGUCAGUCGGCGCUCAGCGGCUGUGCUGGGCGGACGCGAGACACAACGUGGCUGUCACGCAGGAGCACACCAACGUGCCCACAUUCGAACACAUUGGAUACGUCAUCUCACUUCAUACCACACAUGAAGUCGAAGUGGAGUAUGUAGGCGCCAAGUCCAAGGGUUCUGUGCUGGCGCGCGCCGGCAGCAGCCUGCACUGCGUGCCGACCGCCGAGGUGCUUCAACUUACUCCACGAGGAUGCCAUCGCUUCCAACCGCCCGCUGCUACCGUGGACACUUCAGCUGCUAAUAUUGAGCCAGUGCAGUUCGUGGCGGUGGCGCAUGCGCAGGUGAUCCAGGUGAUAUCUCCAGAGCCUGUCACCGAUCUGAUGGUCACCAUCGCGUCUGACACUGACACCGAAGAUGUCGGACCUUUGAAAUCUGUACCUUCUCCCGACGGUGGAUAUGUUUUUGAGCACACCAUGUAUUUGGCUGAGGGCGAGGUGCGGUGGGUAUCUGCACGUUCGUCGUCGCUAGUAGUGGGCGGGGCCAAGCGCGUGCGCGCGAGCGGUGCGGGCGGCGCGGGCGGCGGCGCGUGCGGCGCGCCCACCGUGCUGCGCGCGCGCGCCGCGCUCACGCUGCGCGGCCGCCUCGUGCCGCCCGUGCCGCAAGUCACUCUCACGCUCACAGGAGAGGACGAUUUGAAGCUGACUCAAGUGACCACUGAAGACGGAACAUAUAAGUUCGGACCUCUAGACGCGUCCAAGGAUUACGUGAUCACCGCUGAGAAGGAGUCGUACGUGUUCACCGGCCCCGACGAGAAGGGAGACAUCAUCGCGCACAAGCUGGCCGAAAUACUCGUGCAGUUGGUCGAUGAUGCUGACGAGUCACCGUUACAGGGUGCGCUGGUGUCGGUGAGUGGCGGUUCGUACCGCCGCAACGUCGCCAGCGGCAGCGACGGCGCGCUGCGGUUCGCGGCGCUGCGGCCCGACACGUACUACGUGAAGCCGCACAUGAAGGAGUACCGGUUCGCGCCGCCGCACGAGAUCGUGCCCGUCACGGACGGACGUACUCACAAACUCACGCUUAGAGGUGUACGUGUGGCGUGGUCGUGCAGCGGCUCGCUGGUGUCGGCGGCGGGUGCGGCGUGGCGCGGCGCCAUACUAGUCGCUACGCCCAUCUCGCCCACUUCGGUCACCGGGGAAGCGCGCUGUGCGGUGGAAGAGGCCACCACUGAUCAGAAUGGAUUGUUUAGAAUUCGAGGCCUGCUUCCGAACUGCGUGUACACGAUACAUCUGAAGGAGUCAUCCAAUCCUGAACUGAAUGGACUGAAGAUCACCAAAGCACCGGCUCUGAUUGAGGUGAAAGACAACAAAGACAUUACCGGCGUGGUGGUGAUCGCGAUCCAGCCCCUGCAAAUAACGGACGCGAGCGUGCUCGUGCGCACGCAGAACAUCGACCACUACAAGACGUUGCGACUCACGCUGGCGUUAGAGGCUGCGCCUCAUUCACCGAUAUAUACCACCAAACUUGAUCCUGUGGGCUACAACCAGAACAUGAACCCUGGUCUCAUGUACGUCCUGCCGCGCCUCCCAGCCGAUAACAAGACUUAUGUGCUGCAAUUAGAAUCCACUUUGUCCAAAACCACACAUGUGUACAACGAAGAGGUGCAUUACUUCAACUCUGAUGGGCGUUUCAAGCAUUUUACCAUCGAUUUUAUGCCUAAGGUGAAAUCAGCCGAGCAGGAGUUGCGCCAGACAUCCCUACUAGUUAUCCCCCUGGUGAUAAUCGUACUAGUGUUGUACCAGGAGCGCGACCGGCUGGCGCAGCCCGUGGCCGCGCUCGGUGCACUCGCCGCCGCCGCCCGCGCACGCGCACGCGCCGCGCGACCUGCGCGAGCGCCGCGACACGACGUGCUCGACCGCGCCAGCAUCGACCACAUACUCACCACCGUCAACGCCGCCGGCAAGAAGCAGAGCAAGAAGAAGGCCGCGUGAGACUAAGGAACUAGUCAACUUUAUACCGUCACCACAUUGGGCGUAUUUGUCCAAAUAUUUGCGUCUUUUGUCCAAACCAAUAUCAACUUUGUAUUGUGUACGAAGUUGGUCAAAUAACGCAAAUAUUUGCUCAAAUAUGUGAAGUAUGGUGGCACCGUGUUAGCAUUUAUGUGUGGUGAAAAGUGAUAUGAGUGAAAGUAGUGAAUAUAACUAAAGUAAAUUGAUUUACAUUUGAAAUAAUGUCAUCAGUCUACCGUCACGAAUAGUUCUGCCAACGUAGUUAAAUGAUUUUCUUAUACCCCUCUGAAAUAUGCCUACUCUAAAUACUAUCCCCUUUAUUCAUAGACGUUAUUUAUCUGAAGAUGGAGCAUUACUGUGAUAACAAGUCUGUUUCUAAGUGCUGACAGCAUAGCAGCCUUUGCAGUGCGUAUACAUAGCCGUUGUGAUUGGCUAAUAUUGUGAUACAACUUAAAUCUAGUUGGCUGUCAGAUAAACAAAGCUGAGAAACAGACUUGUUAUCACAGCAAUGCUUCGUCCUUAGAUAAUAACAUCUAUGAAUAAGGGGGUAUGAAAAUAUCACUCGAAUCAGCUUAUCCAGCAUCCUACCUACGAAUACUAAAAUUUUGUGGGUGCAAAUAUCCAUAUAUGCAUAGGACAAAAAGGUAAGAAGACGAUAAUAUUAUAUUUACUUUAUUUAUUGAUAUGCAUACAUAUUACGCGACACAUGUGAAAAUUUUGGUUCAAGUUUGUACAUUGUAAUGGCUCUGUUCAAACUCAACAUUCAUAGGGUCAUAAAAAUAAUACAUAUAGUUGUUAAAUUCAAUUUAUAUUGUAUCUGUUUAAAUUAUAUAGCAUCGAAAAGGUUGAAUAGGAUUCAAAAACUAUCCUCUGAAAUUUAGAUAGCUACACUUUAUUAGACUGAUUUUCUAUACAAUGGUUUCAUGAUAUUCAAAAUAUAGGCAUAUUUUCAUGCCUUGCCACAUUAUCCAUUCUAUAUUCAUUCCAUAGUGGCUCACGUAAGUGUGUCGUAUUCCGGGAUCAACCUGUGUAUAUCCGGUUUCAACAGGCCGGCA